CGAGCAAGCAUUCUUUUCUCUCUGUGUUUUCGCGGCGCUUUAUAAAUAAACGACCACUUCACCUGGUGCCGUUCCGCUCUACGGCGAACACGCGUAGCAUCGUCGUCGGAAGCACGUGCCUCUCUCCUCUCUCUCUUGGGCCCAUCAUCGGUUUUCGAGUAUCGUUCGUUUGCAGAAGAUUAGGCGAGAAGGGGACGCUAGAGUGUCGAGACCUCGUGUUACGGCAUACUUCAGUUGGUCGGCGAAAAAAAGAUCGCGAAACCUAACACAAAUCUUGCGACAAAGACUUUCGAAAAAAAAGAUUACGUUUGUCAAAGAAUCUUGAAUAAGCACCGGUAUCGAUAACAAUAAUGGAGCGAGACGCGCCUGAAUCGUGAUUCUCGCAACAAGUCUCGCGACGAAUCAAACAGCGAUCACGCGCAGCGGUUGUGUCUUCUGCUGUGGUGGCGACGGGAAGAGGAAGGGGGGGGGGGAAUUGACAAGCGGCCAUGUUUGGUAGCGGUGGCUGCACGUGUUGACGCGGCCAGUUGCAGCUUCGCGGCCAGAUGGUGCAUAUGCAUAUUACACGUGUAAGAAAGGACAGCAAGGAGGAUUAAGCUGAAGAUACUCUCGAACGAAUCGACGAAACGACGCCGUCGUCGCGACGCCACAUCUGGUUAAGACGUAAGACGGUGAGAGAGACGGAGAGAAAAGGAGAGAGAGGAGGGGAAACACCGUGGUGUUCGCGCAGGCGUGUUGGCGCAGUCGAUCAGUCAACCGGUGGCUAAUAUCAUCUGGUCGCUUCGAACUUCGGACGAAACCGUGAUCAAGUUAUCGCUAUCGUGUUUGUGUGUAUAUGUCCUUCACGGUGAGUUUGUUUACGGUAUGAUACGUCUCGUGCUAUAUCCAUGAGAAGUGUAAUGGAAUUUUGUUUUUCGACAAUCGUUUCCUUCUGAUAAUGUUUGCGACCAGCACCGAGUGAAACCAGAACGAAAUCGCGGAUAUUUUGAUGAAUAUUAUUUCCGUCCGCGCGAGUUGUCAGUCUGACAAAUUCUUGGCUUAUUAAAGGACAGUGAAGCGUGAUUAAUCGAUUAUAAUUCGCGAAAGAAGUGUUCUGCUGAACUAUCGACGAAAAAAAAGUAAAGACAUCGAGGACGAAGAUUUAUGAAAGAAUCGAAGAAAACCAUCGCGAGGUUGUCGUUACGACAAUAUUGAUAAGCGAGAAGGCAGAAUUUGAAGAGGAGGAAAGAUAAGAUGUCGGUGUAACGGACACUAUCUUGACACAGGUACUCUUGUAUACUCCGAGACUCGUAUAGGUGGAAACUAAUUUCGAUCUCGGUGUCGAGAAAGUUGACGCAAUGAUUCUUCCUUCAUAAAUAAGUCGCGCGCUAUAUGCACGGUACUUUAUUCUCUUUUCGUUCCAAUCGUCGUAGUUGCCGCUGUCAUUGUCGCCGGAAGGACGAUGCAUCGCGCGCGUAACAACCGCCGAGAUAAACCAUCAUCGCGAUUACCGGCAGUGUAUUAUCGGUGGUGAAUGGAGAGCUAAACCAGUGGAUCAGAUCACACGAACAACUGAUGCAGUGAUGCAGUGCCGUAGUGUUAGUGACCAGUGCACGUGCCCGUUGUUUGGAUUACUUGAAGAUGCCUUCGUCCGGCGGCGGGUAUUAUGACGACAGGAAUCCUCUGCUCAAGGGCACCUUAUCGAGCGUGGAACGAGACCGGCUUCGGGAGCGAGAGCGACAGGCACGCGCGGCGAUGUCGGUUCAGGCAGAGCAGGCGGCUGCGGGAGGCGGUCCUGAUACGAGACACCAUCAUCACCACCAUCAUAACCACGUGCAUCAUCACUCCAAUAUACAUGUCUCCACACCGAACCUCUUCCGUGGUGGUCCCGUCAGGGCCGAUCCCGAUCCGCAAAUCCAGUCUAAGCUGGGCAACUAUCACCUAGUGAAGCAUCUGCUGGAUGAGCCUAAACGUCUGAUCGGCAUCGACGGCAUCCCGCAGAGCCCAGCGCCCUCGCCGACGCCCUCCGCCCACAAGUCCAGCACAGGCAGAAACUGUUCCCCGUCUUCGGGGCAGGAGUUUAAGAAACCCGGCGGACUCAGGGGAUCGAGCGGCUCCUCGUCUUCCUGCUCAGCCGGCGGCUCGUCGGCCACGAGCCACCAACAACGGGGCGGCUUCGUCAAACCCGCCGACGGCAAGCCGCCCUACGGCGGCCGGGGUGGCUAUCCCGGUCAGCCGGUCAAGCACGGCGGAGGCAGUAACGAUCAUCGCAACCACGGCUUACUUCCGGCCAAGGGCCCCCCGCCCCUCGUACCCCCGCACGUACCGCCCGCCCUCGUAGGGAGCAAUGGCUCUUUGCCGGUUGGAGGCAAUUCCGGUGGCGGGAGUGGUGGUGUCGUCGGUAGCAAUUUCGGCGGCGGUCUCGCCAGCCGUACUCAAUUCGCCGGCCGGCUAAAGCUGAUCGAGGUUAACGGGUCGAAUUCGCGAUCAUCAAUUGACAGCACAGAUGUGGAGAACAUUCUGAAGGAGAUGACUGUACCACUCACACCAUUGACGGCGAUCGCGCAGACACCGCGAAAGGAGCACGAAUCCAAGUUCACCUUCAACCCUCAUCUUGCAAAGUUGACAGAAGUGGCUCCACCAGAACCUGCAAAGCCUCAACGCGAGAGACAUGCCGCCAGCAGACUAUCUGCUGAUCUCGAGCGGGACUUGUGCUUGUCAGAUAGCGAUGAGGAGAACAAGGAGACAUCGUCGAGACCGACGAAAGCAAACAGGAGUCCAGAUCUCACGGUUGUCGUGUCGAUAGCAUUAUCACGAAUCGAGAUGUCCAAUUUUCCGCAUCGUUUGAUUUCGCGUCCUUACAGCCUACCAACGCCACUGAUCCCGGCGAUGACACCGGCGCCGACGCCUUUAUCGCCCAUGGCCAUGUCACCCAUGGGACCGCUCUCACCACCGCGGCAGAUCAGUCCGCCCAAAUAUCCGUCACCGAAGCGGACACCGGAACAAGCGAUGUCACCUCUACCCGGUAUUGCCAGUCAUACGGUACGUUACCCACCAUCGACGAAUCCAAUCGUCGUCAACCUUGGUCAACCAUCGAGUCCAGCUGAGGCGCCGCAGAGCUCCGGAAGCGCUAGCACGAGCUCGGGCACGGACUCUGGCACGGAUUCCGGUUCGGACAGCAGCGAUGAUUCCGAGGACGAGGAUGAUGUGACGUCGGCGGCACCUCCGGUCAAGGGACCCACGACGCCGCCGUCAGUGUCGCCGAAGCAAGAAAAUCUGGUGGAAGAACCGCCACCCGCCGUGGAGGAGCGCCGCUGGGAUCUCAGCUCCUUCUUCAACAAGACGGUACAGCAAGAGCAGAAUUCCGAAUCGAAGCCGACUCAGGAUAACGCUAGACGGGAUGAUACAUCUGAGAUAAAGACGGAGAACAGCAGAUCACACAGGGAACAAUCUCAUGAUUGGCAGCUUGAUGAAGCCCUGAAGAGAACUCACAUGGGUUCUAUUAGUGACAGCGAUCAUCAUUCCGAUCAGGAGAAGAUUCAUCAGAUGAUCGAAGACAAUCGCUCUCAGAUAGAGAAGCCAAAGGUGGCCGACACCAGAAAACGCGGGCGACCCAGGAAAUCUAAUAAGAGUCCGAAGCGCGGUCAUCGGACAUCAGACGAGAGUUUGAAAAACAGUAAGCCGCGUAGUCGGACGAGGACAGUCGGCGGUAAUACUUCUGGCAAGAAAAAGCAGCCCAAAUCAAAGGAAACGGUGACUACGAGCGAUGACGACAGUGACUCGAGAUCACAGAGUGAUUCUGAUAGCGAUCGCCAAUCUACCAAAGUAUCGACCGUAGUACCGACGAGAGACGAGAAGAAAUCGAGACUGAGCAGCCUUUCGUCCAGCGAGGACGAGAGUUCGCCGCCGCCGAACAGGAAGAAUAACAACAGUGCCUCCGAGGACGACGCCACACGAUGGACAAGAGUCUCCUCUAUCAAACGGAACAAUUUGUCAGACUCGCCGAAAAAGCAGGACAAGAAGAAGAGUCCCGCCAAGGGCAAACCCAGACGGCCGAGGUCUAGGGUGACCAAAGUUACCGGCGGUUCUGAUUCCGACAGCGAAUCAGAGGUGUCUGUGAGAAAUAGUCGUAUCAAAGUUGCUCGAGUACCACCCAGACCAAGAGCACCACCCACGAGGACGACUUCACCUGAUAACUCCGACAGUGACAACAAUCCAGCGUCCAAACUGCAGGAAGAUGACGCUGGUAAUGUGCAAGACAAGAAGAAAAGCGACACGUUGCGGCACGUCUUCUCGACGUCAAAGGGCGGCGGGAAGGUUGGCGGCAAAGGUGGAAAAGGUGGCAAAGGUGGUGGUAAAUGCGGUAUCUACGUGGAGGAGUACACGAGUAAUUCUGCCACACCGACCGGCGGAGAUAGUCCUUACAAGAGACCAUCUUCACGGACAUCCAGUGGUGGCAACAAUAUACUCUUGCGCUCAUCCCCCGCACUCAUCCACGUGAAUGGCGUGCCAAGUCUGAUAUGCAAGAUAGAUCUCAAUAGGAUAUCUUCGCAAAUAUUGCUAUUAGCAAGGGGACAGGAGCUUAGACGGCGCACGGAAUUACCUGAUACCAGGCCGUCUUCGAGACAGAGGCCGUCCUCCAGCUUGGCGAUUUCGCAACCACCGAGACCGCCUACGCCGGAAGAUGGCGAGAUUGUCGACACACCACCGCCACAACAGAUCCCAUCGGACCGCGCUAGAAUUCAUCGCACCGACAUCGGUCUACUGGGUAAUAACGGUGACAGAAAUUCGCGUACUGUAAUCAAAGCUCAGUCGAUGUCAUCGGGCUCGAAGAACGGUGGUUCUAUGCUUGAAGGUGAUACCGGUGGUGCUAGUAGUGGUGCCGGUGCGAUCGGUGGCGGUAGUGCGCCCAAGAGGAAACGUAAUCCAAGUUGUAGUUCUGUGUCAAGUUUAAGUCCUGUUCAAUGUUCGUUGCACACAAAAACCAAGAGUUCGUCCGAGCAUAAGGACAGAAAUCGCAAGAGGCAACGGAGGCACGCUACAGACGAUGGCCUGAUGUCCUCUCAAAGUGACAUCCAGCCGACGAAUCAUGAAAGGGACGAGAAACAAGAUACGAGCUUAUUACCGCCGCCACCUCUUCCAGCUCAACGCGUCUACUAUUCUUACUUCGAUCCACAGAGUGAAAUUUUGGAGGAUCAGGAUAGGGACCAUGAUCAGUACCUGACUGAAGCUAAGCAACUGAAGCAUAAUGCCGACGAAGAAAACGAGCUUACAGCGCAAGGCAUGAUGUAUUUAGAGGCCGCUCUAUACUUCCUUCUAACUGGUGAUGCGAUGGAAUCGGAUCCAGUCACGGAGAAAGCCUCGUACACCAUGUACAAGGAUACUCUUAGUCUCAUUAAAUACAUCUCGUCAAAAUUCAAGAGUCAACCUAACAAUUCACCCGAAAAUAGUAUACAUACGAAGCUAGCUAUCUUAAGCCUUUUGUGCCAGUCACGCUUGUACUCCAAACUUUACAACUUACGCAAGCAGGAAGUGAAAGAGGUUCAAAAGAUCGUCAACGACUUCAAUCAAAAACCUGCUCAAACAACUCCAAUGCAGCCGGAGGGACAAGGUACACCUUCUCUUUCACCUACGCCAUCACCCGCCGGUUCUGUAGGUUCAGUUGGCAGUCAGAGUUCCUCUGGAUAUAGCAGUGGCGGACAACAUCCGGCAACAUCGGGCCAAUAUGUUAGUGUGCCAUUGCACGUAUACAAUGCAAUGAUAAAACAGAAUCAGUAUUCAGGAUUACUUACGAACAGUCACGAUUUAUGGGACCAGGCGAUAAAGCAGGCGAAACAGGAAGAGCACAGAAACUUUUUCAUUGACUUGGAUCGAAGAUUGGGACCCCUGACAUCGUAUAGCUCAGUACGCGAGCUCGUGCGAUACGUUCAAGCGGGUAUAAAGAAGUUACGAGCUCUCUGACCACAGUGGCAUAGCCCCCGACCACCUACCCCAAAUUACAUUACCUCUCUUCCUCAAAACAUGGUCACUUACCCGACCAUGUUCACGUAGUUGCGUGAUAUCGCGUUAAUUACAGCAACUAUCAUUUUCAUGUAAUCGGAGAUAUGAAAAAUAGGAAGAAGCGAUGGUGAUGUGUCGUUGACGAGCGAAAUCACAGACUAUUUUCUCUUAGAGAAGUGGUCUCGGGGGUGCGAUCGAAUCGAUAACGAGGAUCAUGAUAAUUUCUAGAAAAAGAAAAUGAGAGCAGAGCUCGUGGGAUCUCCCUUAGUCGGGCGAUCCACGGACGAUAUGGGGGCAUUCUUCAGAUAAAUUUAGCAGCAAGUUUAUAGUCAAUUGCGAAGCGCGUGUGAAAUCUGAAAGGGCAAAGGAAAAGCAGCCGACCAGAAGAAGAAGCUGCGCUUAUCUUACAACGGUGCAUAACGAACCUCGUGCACUUUGUUUAGAGCACGUGUUACUUACUCUCGAGGCGCAAUGGAGAAUCAUUGAACGGAGAUGAUAUCGAGGUGCUCGCGCAUUAAAUUUCCUAGCGAGCCGCAGUGAUAACUUGUGUCUAUUUUUCCGAAGUGUCCGCUUUUGUAAGUUAACGCAUGUAGAUAUCGACGUGAGAGAUUGAGAGGAGAAUCAGAGGUAGCAGAGAAAAAAGAAAAGAAGAGAGAGAGAGAGAGAGAGAGAGAGAGAGAGAGAGAGAGAGAGAGAGAGAGAGAGAGAGAGAGAGAAGAACGAAGACGAAGAGGAAGAAAAAUAAAAUCACGAAGGGGUAGUAGAAGUGCCACUGAAAAGCGCCCGUGUGUUCUCGCUUCACGGUGCGCCACAGCCGACGUUACCUGAAGCAUGAGUAUCGUUUCGGCGAUUCGAGUGCGAUGAAUAAAAAAAACGAGAAUAUACACAUAUUUAAUAUAUAUAUAGUUUAUUACCUAUAUAAAUAUAUAAAUAGUUAUAUAAAGAUAAGAAUAUAUUUAUAAUAACGAAGACAGACAGAGAGAAUGCAUCUCGCGCGCCGGCGCCGCGUUUCAGUAUAGGGGAACAGAUGACAGAGUUGUAUUCGCAAUAGUGGGAUAAUAUCGUGAUAAAAUGACAAGAGAGGGGAAGUGAUUAAAGUGUGUUCGAUGGAGAGAUGCGCGAGCAACAGGAUCAACAAGAUCGAGCGAUGUACUAUACUUACGUCUAACAUUUGCGUGCGAAGAAUGCCUUUUUUUUUCUUUUUUUUUUCUUUUUUUUUUUGUUUUGUUUUGUAGAUAGAUCACGGGGGAAGUAAUUUAGACUAGAGUAAUUAAUAUGCAACACAGAAAAAAAAGCAGUAACAAAUGCGACACACUACCGAUACAUAUUAUUUACAUUACUUAGAGUUAACCGGGGGAUAUGUAGAGGUUCUUAGAUGAAAAAAAAAGAAAGAAAAAUACAGAUAUACCGCAUACACAUAUACCAUACAUAGCAUUAUUUGAGGAAAUGAAAUACAAGCGAGUAAAGAACAAGACAAGACAUGUUGGAUGAUUGAGAGACGAACAGACAUGAGAUGAUAAUGGAAAUGAUGAAUAAAAAGCAAAUACACACGAAUAAGUAAGUUGCUCAUGUGUAUAUUUUUGUAAAUAGGUAUUUGUGAGUGCCGCGCCGUCUUGAGGGCGGUCUAUCGCCUGAUUGAAUUUGCGGUAGACCGGCCCGCCCCAAUUUUUGCUACCACAGUUCUUGUCGAGAAACAGAUAAAAGAGAAAUCACAAAUAAAUAGGAAAAAAAAGAAUAUAAGAAGAGACGUAAGGAAUGAACAUAUGACGAGAUAUCCGUUGAAUUUAUUCAGAAAAUUAACGAGAUUUCUUUCUUUGAGACUUUUUUGAAUGAAUUUCUGUUCUGUCCCCGUUCUCACGAUCGCUUCUCAAUAUAUCGACUGGUCUAUCGCGCUAGGGAAAAUUUUUGAACGUGUUACGGCAAUUUCAUUGUUCAAAUUUCAUGGAGAUUUAACUUUGUCUCACGAUUCAAAUGCAUCUCUUUCUCCCGAUCGAGAAAUCGACGACGCUCUCGGAUGAAGGUUUUAUUAGCGGGAAAAUGUAACUAUAUAAUAACUAUAAUAUAUAUUAUAUAAUAUAAUAUGUUAUAUAAUAUAUAUAUAUAUAUAAUAAAAAUUAUAAUAGUAUAGCUGCGCGAGUUUACUUUUCUCGAUAAAUCAUCGAAUUUGUGAUGAAUCAAUUUUUUAUUCACAAGAUUGAUACAACACUGAUAUAGAUAGAUAAAUUGAAGGAACCUUUAUCAAGAUUCAAGAUCGAUGGAAACGUGACAGCAUAGUCUAACAUAUCCGAUUCGAAUUUAAUUCUCCCACAAAUUGAAUGGGGCAUUAAGUCCCAUUAGAUCGGAGAAUGAUUGACAACAUUGUUCGAAAGAAUAGGACCAAUUGUCAUUUGUACAAGUCUUAUGAUAAAAUCAUGCUGAUGUACGCAGCUAGCAACUCGAGAAAAAAAUAAAGACGUAACUGAAAGCAGACGGAUUGGCGGGACGACGACGGCCCAUAGUUACUAAGCGCGGUCCAAUGGUUCACGGGAUACAAUUUUAUAUUUCGCGAGUGCUAAAGGAUAAAAAAAAGAGAAGUGAAAUAAAAAUAAUAAUAAAAAAGAAUCUAUUAAGGAGCUUUGAUAUUUUCGAGACACAUUUAUAGCAGAUACAUAUAUCAGGCCCAUUUUCCCGCCAAGCCAAUUGUCCGAAAUGAAUACGGAAAUGUAAAUUUGAUAAAAAUUCUAAAUCAUACAUUCGCGGAGUUUAUCGAGAAAGGAAUACUAGAAAACCGAGAGAGAAUAAUUUAUUACAAUCCCACGAAGAGGAGUUAACGCGCUCGCUAUGCGAUGAACGGAAAAUUAUAUCCAUUUAUUUAUAGAUUUUCUUUUUUAAUAAAUAUUCUUUUCGAUGA